CCCAAUAAUAACUCACUUUUAUCAUACUCUCCUCUGCAACUCUCAAGAAAAAAGCUCCAAUGCCCAUGACUGACUGAAAAAAACAUUCUCUCUUUCUCUCAAUUGAAACCCCAUUUCCUCUUUCUUUCUCUCUUCUAGAAACAGAGGAAGAAACAGAGUAGGGGGUUGUAUUUCAUCAUCAUCAUCAUCAGUUGCAAUGUGGAGGCAGCAUAGAAUGUUACUCAAACUAUCAUUGUUAUUAUUAUGUAAUUAUUGUUUUAGUGGAGUAAUAGGUUUAGUAACUUAUGAUGAAAAAGCUAUUGUUGUUAAUGGGCAAAGAAGAAUUCUUAUUUCUGGAUCCAUUCAUUACCCAAGAAGUACUCCUGAGAUGUGGCCAGAUCUUAUUGAGAAAGCAAAAGAAGGAGGAUUAGAUGUGAUUCAAACUUAUGUUUUCUGGAAUGGGCAUGAACCCUCUCCUGGACAAUACUAUUUUGGGGAUAGAUAUGAUCUUGUUAAGUUUAUCAAGUUGGUACAAGAAGCUGGUCUCUAUGUUCAUCUCAGGAUUGGACCUUAUGUUUGUGCUGAAUGGAAUUUUGGGGGAUUUCCUGUUUGGCUAAAGUAUGUACCUGGUAUAAGUUUUAGAACAGACAAUGAGCCAUUCAAGAUUGCCAUGAAAGGAUUUACUGUAAAGAUAGUGGACAUGAUGAAGGAAGAAAAGCUUUUCGAAUCUCAGGGAGGUCCAAUAAUUCUUGCGCAGAUAGAGAAUGAGUAUGGACCAAUGGAGUAUGAAUUGGGUGAUCCUGCGAGGGCUUAUACAGACUAUGUUGCUAAAAUGGCAGUAGGUCUCGGCAUUGGUGUACCGUGGGUCAUGUGUAAGCAAGAUGAUGCCCCUGAUCCAAUAAUAAACACUUGUAAUGGUUUCUACUGCGAUUGGUUUUCUCCAAACAGGCGUUAUAAACCAAAAAUGUGGACAGAAAACUGGACUGGCUGGUUUACAGAGUUUGGUGGUCCCGUUCCUCAUCGACCAGCUGAAGACUUGGCAUUUUCAGUGGCCAAGUUUAUCCAGAAAGGUGGAUCCUUUAUGAACUACUAUAUGUACCAUGGAGGGACAAAUUUUGGUCGAACUGCUGGUGGUCCUUUUAUAGGCACUAGCUAUGAUUAUGAUGCUCCUCUCGAUGAAUUUGGUCUACUAAGAGAACCAAAAUGGGGCCAUUUGAGGGAUCUGCACAGAGCCAUCAAGCUUUGCGAACCCGCAUUAGUUUAUUCAGAACCAGCUGUCAAGAUACUAGGAGACAAGCAAGAGGCUCACGUCUUCAACUACAAAUCUGGAGGCUGUGCUGCAUUUCUUGCCAACUAUAAUACAAAAUAUUUUGCAAAUGUGGCCUUUGGGGAUAUGCAUUACCAUCUCCCCCCUUGGUCUAUCAGCAUCCUUCCUGAUUGUAAAACUACUGUUUUCAACACUGCAAGGGUGAGAAUAUACUCACUUUUAGCUCCCCGUUUCAAAGAAACUUGGUGCUCUUUGAACUUAACAAAAUGUCAUGAACAGGUUGGCUCUCAAAGCGCUCACAUGAAGAUGACCCCAGUAGGUGAUGGAUUCGCUUGGCAGUCGUUCAAUGAGGAGCCUGCUUCCUAUGAUGACAGUACAAUUACAGUAUCAGGUCUUUUGGAGCAAAUAAAUACCACAAGAGACGUAACGGAUUAUCUGUGGUACUCGACAGAUGUCAAGAUAGACUCAAAUGAAGAAUUCUUAAAGAAUGGAAAGUAUCCUGAGCUCACUAUAAUAUCAGCUGGCCAUGCUUUGCAUGUUUUCAUCAACGGUCAGCUCUCAGGAACUGCAUAUGGGAGUUUAGAGGACCCAAGACUAACAUUUAAGGAAAGUAUGAAGUUAAGAGCUGGACUUAACAAGAUUUCCAUCUUAAGCAUUGCUGUUGGUCUUCCGAAUAUCGGGCCACAUUUUGAGACAUGGAAUGCGGGGGUUCUAGGUCCAGUCAUGUUGAGUGGUCUCAAUGAGGGAAGAAGAGAUUUGUCGUGGCAAAAAUGGUCGUACAAGAUUGGGUUAGAAGGCGAAGCUUUGGGUCUUCAUUCCCUGAGUGGGAGUUCCACUGUUGAAUGGGUAGAAGCAUCUUUAGCAGCUCAGAGACAACAUUUAACAUGGCACAAGACUCUAUUCAGUGCACCUGAAGGAGAUGUUCCAUUGGCGUUAGAUAUGGGUACAAUGGGAAAAGGUCAGGUCUGGAUAAAUGGGAAGAGCAUUGGUCGUUAUUGGCCUGCUUAUAAAGCAUCUGGUGGUACUUGUGGUAGCUGCAAUUAUGCUGGUACCUAUAACGAGAAGAAAUGCGAAAGUAAUUGUGGAGAGGCCUCCCAGAGAUGGUAUCAUGUUCCUCGGUCAUGGCUGAAACCAACCGGGAACUUAUUGGUAGUUUUCGAAGAAUGGGGUGGUGAUCCGAAUGGAAUUUCUUUUGUCGGAAGAACUAUUGAAAGCGUUUGUGCGGAUAUUUUUGAAUGGCAACCAACGAUUGCAAACUAUUGGAGGCAAGUUUCAGGCAAAGAUGCUACUCCAAUAAGACCCAAAGCUCAUUUAUGGUGUGCCCCUGGUCAGAAAAUUUCAUCAAUAAGGUUUGCUAGUUUUGGAACUCCAGAAGGAUCCUGUGGAAGCUUUAGAGAAGGGAGUUGUCAUGCUCAUAAAUCGUACAAUGCUUUUGAAACGAGAUGCAUCGGUCAGCAAUCAUGCUCAGUAUCUAUAGCCCCUGAGGUCUUUGGAGGUGACCCAUGUCCAAACACUUUGAAAAAACUCUCAGUUGAAGCCGUUUGCAGUUGAUCCCCGAAAAUAUUCGGUGUAAAUCAAACAUACAAGGCCUCAAAAUUUCCGAGGUUCUUUACAGUUUGUUCGAGUUUUGUCCCAAAUAUAUAUGCUGUAUAGAUUUACAGCUAGCAGAGAUUGGCACAAGCCAAUUUAUACGACUCGAUGUACAUAGAUUUGUCACUAUCGGCUAGCAAGAAUAUAUUGAUUAAUGUAACUCCAAGGUUUGUACCUUCUGUCGAGCCAUAUCGAUUAAUAUAAUUGGAAGUUCACAAGUUUUGUGGG